CUCAGAAGUAGUUUCUUGGUUACGCCUUAAGUGGAUGUGGAUUGAGAAGAUCAGGAUUUUGGAAUUUUUGGAUGGCGCUGUGACUGUACGUAGAUCGGAUUUUGAAGUUUUUGGAAGUAGAAAUCAAUUUUUGAAAUGAAUUGCUGGCAAGAUAAUUGUGAUAAGUAUUUAUACUCGAGCUAGCCGGAAGAUACAAAGUGGUCCGCACAGUCAAUUAUCUGUAGUUCG